AUGAAAAAUAAAGAAGGUGCUAUUGGUUUGGCGCAUGCACUAAACGAAGCAACUUCCUAUAUUCAUGAGUGUAGUGUUUGUCAUUCUUUAACUGAAAAUGAAGUCUGUGAUAUUUGUUGCUCAAAUGAUCGGGAUGAUCAGCUGCUUUGUGUGGUUGAGUCUCCUGCAGAUGUAAUGGCAAUAGAACAGUCUGGUAGCUUUAGAGGCAAAUAUCAUGUAUUGGGUGGACAUUUGUCGCCUUUAGAUGGUAUUCCAUAUCUAGUGCAGCGUUUAACCGAUGGUAAAAUUACGGAAGUAAUUUUAGCCACCAAUGCAACUGUAGAAGGGCAAGCGACUGCGCAUUAUCUUGUAGAAGCGACAAAACAUUUGUCUUUGCAAAUGACACGGAUCGCACAAGGUGUGCCACAAGGUGGUGAAUUGGAAUAUGUGGAUAGUCAUACGUUGAGUCAGGCUGUUCAUAAUCGCAUGAGAAUGAAAUAG